UCUACACAGCAUCCACCAUUAAAAAAAAAGGAAAGGGGACCCCGCGUUUUAACACUCCGCUGCCAAUUCCCAGCUGAAAGCAGAACUGUAAAACCCACUCGGCGCACAAACCCUGCCAACCUGAAACCCCUAUCUCUGGUUCUAUUCUAUCCCCUCAACUGAACCCUAGAUUUCUCUUUUCUUCCAUUGCUCUCCUCUCCCCCAUGGAUUCUCGCCGAGUUCCUCGAACCGUGAGCGACCCUAAGGUUCGUCAAGUCGGGUUCUUCGCUCCACCCGACCGGUCCCAAUCGGGUCCUUUCAUCCCAUUUUCCUCUUCCCCUCCUGUUUCCGAUCUAUCCCCUUCCGGUAACUCUCUUUCCCCUGUUAUGAUCCCUCCUCCUCGUCACCUCUCCGUCGACGUAUCACUACCCCGUCCUGGUAAUCUUCAUCCGGCCCCCUUGUCCCCUCUCCGACGUGAUUCUAUCCCCUUAGGAAGCUACAAUCCAUCUGAAUUCUCUUCUCCUACUACCACUAACUUACCUGAUGAUUCCUCCUCUCCUGGAUGGCAUCGGAGGGGCAGUUCUGGUAAAUUUGCUACUUCUCUUCCCUCCGCAGGAUUUGAGUUGCCUGCCGCCAAGCAGAACAGCUUUACUGCCUCUAGAUUGACUACAGUCUCCAAGGUGAAUGCGCCUUUGGGAUUAUCAGACAAGGAUGGGGAACUGAAAAAAGAACGGAAUGCAAGUUCAAAACCAUUGAAAGAGAAAACAACCAAGGCUGAGAGGCGUGCUCUUCAGGAGGCUCAAAGAGCUGCAAAAGCUGCUGCCAAAGGUGAAGGAACUAAGACUGCCAGUGCUAAUUCUGAAAAUUUAAACCCAGUAAAGAUUGCCAAGAGCACUUCACAAAAGAAAGAAAUUCCUCCUGUUGCACCUCCUGAAAAAAAGAGCAGUGAUCGUGCUACAGAUAAAGAUAGGAAAAAAGAUGUUCCUCAUCCACGGAUGCAAUUUGAUGAUAAGAGUCGUGUGGAAAAGGCGAAGAAGCGGUCAGUAGUGAAGCAAACUGAAGCCAAAAACAGGGUUGAACUUUUUAGGCAUUUGCCUCAGUAUGAACAUGGAACAAGAUUUCCGGAGCUUGAAUCAAGAUUCUUCCAACUAGAUCCAGUUCAUCCUGCUGUUUUUAAGGUUGGACUUAGAUAUUUGGCUGGAGAUAUAUCUGGUGGGAAUGCCCGCUGUAUUGCUAUGCUUCAAGCUUUCCAAGAGUCCAUCAAAGACUACUCAACUCCCCCAGAGAAAGCUCUUAUAAGAGACUUGACUGCAAAAGUUAAUUGUUAUGUUUCAUUUUUGAUCGAGUGCAGGCCCCUCUCAAUCAGUAUGGGGAAUGCUAUUAGGUUCCUUAAAACUAGGAUUGCGAAAUUGCCUUUGACUUUGUCAGAGUCAGAAGCUAAAGCCACUCUUGUGACAGAUAUUGAUCACUUCAUAAGUGAAAAGAUAAUACUUGCAGACAAGGUGAUAGUCAAGCAUGCAGUAACUAAAAUAAGGGAUGGUGACGUUCUUCUCACUUAUGGAUCUUCCUCUGCUGUUGAAAUGAUUCUGUUACAUGCUCAUGAGCUUGGCAAGGAUUUCCGUGUCGUUGUAGUUGACUCACGUCCAAAGCUUGAAGGGAGAUUACUACUUCGUCGGUUGGUGGGGAAGGGUGUUAAGUGUACAUACACUCAUAUAAAUGCCAUUUCUUAUAUCAUGCAUGAAGUUACUAGAGUACUUUUGGGUGCUUCAUCAGUUUUGUCCAAUGGAACUGUUUAUUCAAGGGUUGGAACUGCAAGCGUUGCUAUGGUUGCUCAUUCAUUCCGAGUUCCUGUCUUGAUAUGUUGUGAAGCAUAUAAAUUUCAUGAAAGGGUUCAACUUGACUCGAUCUGCUCUAAUGAACUUGGUGAUCCAGAAACUAUAGCUAAGGUUCCUGGUAGAAUGGAAAUUAACCACUUGGAUGGGUGGGCUAACAGUGAUAAUCUACAACUUUUGAAUCUGAUUUAUGAUGCAACACCUUCAGAUUAUGUAUCAAUGAUAAUUACAGAUUAUGGCAUGAUCCCUCCGACAAGUGUUCCUGUAAUAGUUCGAGAGUAUCGCAGAGAAUAUUUGUGGACAUGAAAGGAACACAACUGAAAGCUGCAAAGAUCUGAUAGUUGCCUCAAGGAAAGCAUAGGGAGACCUAUGCACAAGUUUUUCAUCCCCUGCUAAGUGCGUCUCAAAGAUAUAGAUAGGGACAUGGUUUGGACUUUGCGUAACAUCUGUUAAUUUCUCUUUGGUUCAUUUUUUUGUGAUAAUGAUUUUGAGUUAUGUGCCUCAGGUGUUGGGUUCUCUAUUUUUAGGUGACCCCAUGAAGAGUGCGAUUUCUUCGCCUCUCAGGGCAAUUUUUGGAAUGUAAUCUCUCGAUGGAAACAGAUUCGUGAAAUUGUGAUUAGAUUUUGAUAUUAAUAUCAAAAUCAUUAAGUCA